AUGUCUUCCAUGGAUAUGAUAUUUGACGGCGCCCUUGCGUCUUGCUUCGCCGUUAUUUUCUCAAACCCGUUUGAUACGAUGCGGACGCGCAUGCAGCUUCAAGGCGAGCUUUGCCGCGCGGGACAGUACCAGGUGCUCUACCGCAACAUCUUCCAAGGGAUCCUCCGCGUGGCGCGUGAGGAGGGCCCGUUAGCGCUGCAGAAGGGGCUCUGUUCCUCGAUGCUCUGGCAAAUCACACAAAACGGCGUUCGCAUCGGGUUGUACCCGUCGAUUAAGGAGGACAUUGGCUACUUACUGAACAGCGAGAAUUCACUUCUCACCUGUGCUGUGGCGGGUGGGGUGUGUGGGUUCAUCGGGGCCGGCCUCUCCUCGCCGUUUAUGUUGGUGAAGACGCGUCUGCAAUCGCAGCACAACACCAUGAUGAGCGUGGACGGGAAGAUGCUUCAUCGAACCUCAACCGGGCACCAGCAUCACUAUAAAGGGGUGUACGACGCGCUGCGGACUCUCUACAGAGAAAAUGGCGUCAUGGGACUUUGGCAUGGCUCAUCGGUUUCUGUCUUUGCCGGGGCCGUGGCGUCUAUGCUUCAGCUCACUGCAUACGACCGUUUGAAGUCCUACUUUUGCAAGGUUACUAACUGGAAGUCGUCGGACAUGCGAGUCCAUGUCGCGUCAUCGAUCGUUUCAACUUGUUUCUUGAUGCUUUGUAUGAAUCCUGUGUUUCUCAUCUCCACACGCAUCUUCAACAAUACGCUCAAGGGUAAGAACAAUGGGCUUCGCAGUUUAUUUCCCACGCUCGUGCAGACCUUCCGCGUAGAAGGGGUUCGGGGCAUGUAUAAAGGUUCCACGGCGUUCGCUGUGCGCUCGGUGCCGCAUUUUGUCUUUACCUUUGUCGCAUUAGAACAGUUACGUUCGUUUCGUGAGAAAUACACCAAUCGUUCGUAUACUUCCGGCACUAAUGCAAACAAGAACAUCGGGCAUUUCAAAAGCCGCGCGACCGCUCAACGUUCUCCACAGCCGAUUCAAUCCAUGACAGACCUUGAUUAA